CCCUUCAUUUUCAAUAACACCAACACAGCCUAAAUCGUGAUUAAAUUAGUAAUAGAGAUAGAACCCUGAAAAUUAUUUCAGACUCCCUCGCGACCCCAGGCCAUGACUCGUUGCUGCGAACCGGAGAACCCCGAAAAUAAAAGUGGAAGGCGGAAGCUUAGCGCCUAGCCCGAAACAAUGGCCACAUCACUUGGGCUUGGAGUUGGAGGGGCUCGUUUUGCUAUCUAUCGCUCUUCAACCAUCUGCAGGCCUCCCGGUGUCCGUUUUGAAUUCCGAAAAUGCUUCUACGGUGCCUCGGUUUCUCACAUGAAGCAAGCCAACUUCACAACUUCGGGAACUGCUCACCAACUUUCAACUUCGGCAAUACUCUCAUCCAAGGAGUUGAUUGAAUCUCUAAUAAAUGGGGUGGAUUUAUCAGAAGAGCAGGCAGAAGCCUCUCUCGAUUUCCUAUUGAAAGAUGCUAAUGAAGUGCUCGUCAGCGCUCUUCUUGUUCUUUUAAGAGCCAAAGGGGAGACAUUCGAAGAAAUUGUAGGAUUGGCAAGGGCUAUUAUCAAAUACUGUAGGAAAGUCGAAGAGGUUGGGGAUGCAGUUGACAUUGUCGGAACCGGUGGCGAUGGGGCAAACACUGUUAACAUCUCGACGGGCGCUUCUAUCCUUGCCGCUGCUUCCGGUGCAAAAGUUGCAAAGCAAGGAAACCGCUCCAGUUCUUCUGCAUGUGGAAGCGCCGAUGUGUUACAAGCAUUGGGAGUUGCCAUUGAUCUAGGCCCUCAGGGAGUAAGAAGAUGUAUAAGGGAAGCAGGCAUUGGUUUCAUGAUGUCUCCAAAGUACCAUCCAGCAAUGAAAAUCGUUGCCCCUGUGAGGAAAAAUCUUGAAGUGAAGACCGUGUUCAAUAUCUUGGGUCCUAUGCUGAAUCCGGCACGGGUGCCUUUUGCAGUUGUUGGUGUUUACAAUGAAGAUCUAGUGAUCAAAAUGGCCAAAGCACUGCAAAGAUUUGGAAUGAGAAGAGCAUUAGUUGUUCACUCGGAGGGUCUAGAUGAAAUGAGUCCCCUUGGGCCUGGAUUAGUCCUUGAUGUUACUCCUGAAAAGAUUGAGAAGUUUUCCUUUGAUCCAUUGGAAUUUGGUAUUCGACGUUGUACUGUAGAGAGUUUGAGAGGUGGUGGUCCAGAGUACAAUGCAGAGAUACUAAGGCGUGUGCUAUCUGGGGAAAAAGGAUCUAUUGCAGAUGCCCUUGUCCUAAACGCAGCUGCAGCUCUCUUGGUCAGUGGGAAAGUAAGGAGCCUAGCUGAAGGAGUAGCCCUGGCCAGUGAAACGCAACGUUCAGGAGAAGCACUCAAAACACUUGAGUUCUGGAUUAAUAUCUCCAAUAAAGCAAAAGAGGAAGAAGAAGAAGAUGAAGAAAUAACCUUGAGAGUUAAUUAAUUUGUACUGUGACAGGCUUGUUGAUGGUGAGGUAUCAAGGGGCUGAUUGUUGAUGUGUUAUUAAAUGUAUGACAAUAAUAAGUUCACCAGUAAAUAAAUGCAUGCCAGGUAUCAUACCAUAGGUCCUUCCAUUUGGCAUUUAAUUAAGGUUC